AUGAUCCCCGCCACGCUCUUGACCCUCGCCCUUGCCGCCUUCGCGGGCUCGGCCAACGCCCAGCUCGAGGGCCGCCUCACGCUCAACCCCGUCGCCGCGCGCGCCUACAAGCUCACCGGCGUCACUGGCAGCGUGAUGAAGCGCCAGUCCUGCCCCUCGGGCUACAAGAUCUGCUCCAACCAGGAGGGCCAGAGCUGUAUCCCCACCACCGACGUCUGCUGCAGCGACUCGGGCUACUGCCGUGGCGGAACCUACUGCACUGCUUCCGGCGGCUGCUGCGCCAACGGCCGUAUCUGCACUGGUACCGCCGGCACGACGUACGUUGACAACCCCACGCCCACCGGCGGCAGCAGCUCCACCCCCACCGGUGGCUCUAGCAGCGGUGGUGGCGCGGGCGGCGGUGGUGCCGGUGCUGGCGGCGGCACGGGCGGCGGCGCGGGCAGUGGCACCGGCGGCGACUCUGGAACUGGCGGCGGCGGCGGCGCUGGUGCUGGAGCAGGUGCUGGAGCUGGUGCCGGAGCUGGUGCUGGCGCUGGAGCCGGAGCUGGUGCUGGUGCUGGUGGUAGUGCCGGUGCCGGUGCCGGUGCCGCCGGCACUACUUCUCUCGCCGCUCCCUCGACUACCACCACUACUCCCCACGCUGUCCAGCCCUCCAUCGCCGCGGCUCCCACCACGCACCCCGUCGUGGCGUCCUCGGCAGUUGCGGCCCCGUCCGCGGCCGGAGCCUCGGGUUCGGGGGGCCUCACCAUCCCCGGUGUCGGCAAGCCUAGCAGCGCGUCGCGCACCGCCGUCGCUGGUGCCCUUGUCGUCGCUGCUGGUGCCUUCGCCGCCGUCUUCGCGUAA